AUGGGCACUGCUGAUGUUUAUGAACAACACAAGAAUCAAGAAGAGGACAUGUUGACAACAGAGCGACUGAAGAAAGGAUAUCAGGUGCCCGUUACUCACUACGAACUCCAGUCGCUCAUUUUCAACGCUUCUGAAAACAAACUUCUCCGCCUCGACCGGGCGCCACGGCGGACGUAUUGUAUGAUUUCAUCGAUUGUUCAUAGAAGAGGGGAAUACCAUAUGAACUUCGACAGUAAUCGCAAGGUGGCCAAAGGGGAGAUGCCGCGGUUCGCCAAAAUACGCUUCAAGCGAAUUCUGGAGGAUCGUGUCAAAUUCUUCUCAGCAUUGUUUCGUGGGACACCUUUGCAAUAUCUGCAGAAGAAGGUGCCAUACUAUCGGCGGAAGGAGCUGCUGCUACUGGAGUUUUAUGAUUAUCAAAUCCGCUACGAUCGUGCGAUCUGGUGUGUCAAGCUGGUCAGCAUCCUUGGCUUUAAUUGCUCCGCCAAAGCACAGAAAAAGGCCCUUCUCGACUUGGCAACACUCGAAUGGAGUCAAGCGUGCGGAAAAGUCACUUACUACCUGUUGCUAGCUCUAAGGAAAACCUACAAAAAAAGUCGGGCGGCGUUCAGAGAAUCCGUGAAAAUGUGGUACUAUAUGACUCGGUUCAUGAUGUACAUGUUCCAGGAUGGAGUCGUCGAUAAACACGAGUUCUUAAACGACUUGACCGAAAUGUUCAAUGUAUUUUUUAUUCGAGGAUCUCUUGCGAAUGCGAAAAUUUUGGAACUAUUCAUGGAGUACUACAUAUUCUUCCUAGACGAUCUCAGUUCCAGCUUGAUAUUGGCUCGCAGAGCAUCAAGUUUGUUAUGUAAGGCGCUUGGAUUGCUCAGUGAAAUCAACGAGGCUUACACGAAGACUCAAGUCUACAAAAACGAGAACAAACAUGAGUUUAUGGGACAUCAGGAUGUAUGGACAAUAGACGCUCAACCAAAGUUCGACUUUGAAGAUUAUAAUAGGGACCAUAAGGAGUUCAUUGAUCCUGAUGAUUUUUUCCGAUUCGUUGACGAACUACCCGAUGCUGCCUACUUUGAAGAUUACGAAGAUAAGACUGCUGAGCAGGUUGCUGAAGAAGAGCUACAAACAAUGGAAGCACCGCGACGAGCUCGAAACUAUAUCUACAGUGCACUGAAAAGCGUUAAAACUCCAGUAAACGAUCAGAUACCUGUCGACUUGGGCGAUGAACUUUACAUUCCAUCAGAUGUGGAAUCUCUAACGAGUCCGGAACCAGAAGAGGAUCCAGAAGAGGGACCGGAAGAAGACCCACGAUCACAAUCGGUACCAUCACCAACAUUCCCUGCAGGUCCAGUAUCUAUGGAAGAGGCAAUUCCAGCUUAUUGGCGAGCACGUGGGCCAGUACUCCAGACAGUACCCCAACCAGCACCCCAACCAGUACCCAAGCCAGUACAACAAACAGUACCCAAGCCAGUACCACGACCACCUCCGAGGAACCUCAAUAUAAAGUCCGAGCAAGUCGAUCCAGAGUACGAGAAGAAUUUUGGAAAUCCGGUCAAAUCUAAGAACUUUAAUAUUAACAUCAAAGCGGAACCAAUGGACUAUGAUGAGUAUUCCACGGAACCACCUCAACCACUCCAACCACCACAAACGUUCCAACAACGACCCAAAUCACCAGAGAAGGAAAAAGCACCGGAACCAGCUGCUGAACCACCUCGAUGGACGCUGGAAGAGCUCCCGAAAAAUUUCCUCUCGAAAAAUUUGGAAGUUCCUGCUCCGUGGACUCGACCGCGGGAGAACCCCAUUGAGCGGAAGAGAGCCUACAAUCUGUUGUGUGCCAAACGAUUCCCAGUUAAGGAGGAUGUCUUCGAACCAUUUAAAGAUCCAGACUCUCCAGAUGGAUCCAGGCCGGCGUCACCAAUUGAGCCGAUUCCCGUCAAGAAGCUUCAUAAGACACCGCCCAAAAAGGUGAUGACUGACGAUGAUGAGUUUGGUCAUAUACCGGCUCAAAAACGGAAGAUCAAUCCAAAACUGGCAAAUGGAAAAUAUUCGGAAACACUGUUUGUGUACUACUUGAUAAAUGGUGGAGUUGCUUUUGAUCCAAAACACGACGGCGAUGAGAUGGACUUCUCGAAUCCAACGCCUCCAGAAGCACCACCACCACCGCCGCCAGUGGAGUUUGAGACCUCGCCAAGUGCAUCACCAGCUCCAGACACUGACAAAGAGGAUGAAGAUGGUAAAUCCAAGGAAGGAGGCGACAAAGCUGCUGAGAAAUCGACUGAUAAGCCUGCUGAAGAAAAGGAAGCUUCAGAAAAAGAGAAAACUGGCGAGAAGAAGGAUGGUGAUAAGCCAACAGAGGAGAAAAGUAAGAAGGGCGAGAAGGCGGAUGGUAAAAAAGCUGUUGACGAGCAUCUCAAUGAUCUAAUCAUACCGAUGGAUGUGGAGGCAGAGGCUGCAACAAAAAGAAAUAGUGCAACUAAUUCCAAAGAUGAUGAAGCUGAGGACGCCAAUAAAGUCGCUGGUGAUGCACCAGUAGUGGAAGCAACACAUGCUGCUGGAACAUCAGAAAAGAAACCAGAAGCUGAAGUCACUCCAAUUGAAACCAACGACGUCGAAAUGGAAUCAGUUGAUCCUGCAACCAACAAAGAAUCGACGAGUGAUUCAACAGCAGAAAAAUCAUCAGAUAGUCAGGAACCAAUGGAAGUGGACGAUCCACAGAAAAAAUUGCCAAGUCCUGCGGCUGAUAAAGCCGGAGAUGACGCUUCCAAGAAGACUAAAGAAGGCAAAAAGCCAGAUACUCCAGCAAUUGAAUUGGUUGAUUUGGAAGCCCUUGAUGAUAUUCCACUCCCAACGGAUGACUUAAUGUUACCCGAAGAGGAUGAAAUUCAAGUAAUCGAGAAGCCCAAACAUCCAGACGCUGACUUCUGUGAAGUGGUUGAAGUUGUGGAGAAGGACAAAGACAAGACACCGGAGAAAGCAACAGAAGGAGAGAAGGAAGCGGAGAAAGAUGCUGAGAAGUUGCCAGAACCUGCUCCAGUUGUCGAAUCAGUUCCAGAGCCAGUGAAAACUCCCGAAAAGCCAAAGACUCCAGAACCGCCACGUCUCUACACAGCAGAAGAGAUUGAACAAUUGAAGAAAGAUAAGCGGAGACAGAGAAUGCUUGAUCGAUUGACCGACGCCUUCAAAAUCCAAAUGGAAUCUGACAAAAAAUACGAGGAAAACAACAUACAUCCAUCGUUCAAAGUUUACGAUCAAAGUCGAAGCUUCCGCAGGCCGCUGCACUUGUUAUCGUCGAUGGUUCAAUAUUUGGCAUUCAGGACUCCAGAGAGUUUUGUCUGGAAUAAUCUUGAGGUCCCACGUCCCGACAAGUGCCACAAAAUUCUCCCACAGCUUUGCGGUUCUCCACUUGACCACUUACCUUGUGAACUUCACGAACUGCCAGUUAUGGAAGGCAAUGACGGGCAUGUCGAACAUCUACGGCUUCGCCACCAUGAAAUCGUACGCAGAAGUCAAGCAGCUGACGAAAAUUGGCUACCAGGUGGAGCGGAUGUCUUACAAUACGGAAGAAUCAUUGACGCUUGUGUUGAUGUUAUUGGACUGAUGGACUGUAUCAAUGUCGAGAGGCCAAAUUCCAUUUUCAAGGUGUCCGAAAGGCUGUUCAAUUUCCGUGAAAAGUUUGCCAAGGAGGAAGCUCUUUUGAGGAUCAAGCUAAUGUUUAAGUGGUGUAUCAGUGAGGAGCGAGAAGGAUCCUUCCGUCCGGUCUAUUGUGCAAGAAUGUUGGAAUAUGGAUUGAACAGGAGUGAUGAUGGUUUGAUUGGAGGAUGGCAGAUAAUGGAUCUCUUCUUCAAUUUCAUGGCAACCGAAGGACCGAAACCUGGAAUGGCGAAUUAUCAAGCUAAAUUCGAUGCUUGUGCUGGAAUUAUGAUUGAGAUGAUUCGCCAUAAACUUUUCACUGUUGCCGACAUCCUUAGGGAGCUCGAGAAAGAUCUGGAUAUUGAUUACACGCUACCAUUGAUGGCAAGACAGAGGAAACAAAAGAUGCCGAAGAUUUCGAAAAAAGAGAAGACUCCUGAAGAGCCAGACAACACCAAGCUCAUCCACUUCACCACGGAACACACUCCAAAACGAUUGUUCAUGGGAAGAAAGAUGGAUUUGCUGGAGAGAAUGAUCAUCAUGUUGCCACAGUUUGGUAAUAACAAGGAUAGCGAUGAAUACAAGAUCAGAAACCAACUACUGUUUGGAUUGCGACCAUCUGAGAAUAUCUACUUCAGAAGAGCAAAAACCAUCUGUCAAGGCAUUUGCAAGGAGUUUGAUUCCAAGUCAUACAUUGAAUUUAACGACUAUGUGACGGCUCACAAAAAGCUCAAUCAAUCUCGGUUGGAUGAUAUUCUCCGUCAGUUCCGUGCCCAAACCUACCACGAUCAGCAUGUGAUUCUUGAGAAAAUUGUGAUUCAUUUGACUGAAAACAUUGGAAGCUUCUUGGAGAAGAAGAAUGGACACUUGCCAGCUCCAGAAGUUGUCAACAUCAUCUGCGAAAUGUACGAGUACAGUAUGGACAUCACAUCUAUCUUUGACUUCUUUGAAGUUUUGCAUCCAUACCUAAAGGCUGUUGACGAAAAGGUUGCCUCAUUCGAAAUGGAUCUUGUCCCGGAUAUGUACCACACUGAGAUUGCCUACAUCUUUGUCUCGUUCUUCAUGAAGCACUACCAACGUUUCUUGUUACACAAACGAAACAAUCAUAUUGUAAAUCAGCUGUACUAUAGUGUCAGGAAGAUGAUGAUGGACAAAACUCGUUUCAUCACUUGCUGGGGUCGCGUAAUUGCAAUUUUCGUCAACCACAUCCGUCCGGUUCUCAUUGACGGAUGUUUCCGGAUUAUUCAUAUAGAAGGAAACGAGCGGGAAUUCGCAAGGGCUCACCCCAACAAGAGGCCAUUCAACUUGGAGUGUAGCUAUUUCAAUGAGGAGUUUGCCGGUUCCAAAUUGUCGCUGAGAGGUGCAACAAUGAGAUACGACUCGUUCGCCGAUAUGAAAUGGAUCGUGGACAAUCUGAAGGUUACAGUGAAGAGGAAGAAUUCGAAACCACGGACACCAAAUCGAUACUCAUUUGUCAUCAGAGCUUUCAUGGAAGCACGAAAGCAUGGCCAAAACUUUGAUCGUAUCAAUGAGUUGGCCAAUUACUGUGCAAAUGUGACGGCUAACGAUCCGCCUCUCUCUGAAUACUGGAUAGGAGCCAUCAAAGGGCUCUGUUGCCUAUGUAUUGAUGAUUCGUCGCAACUAUUCAAGGAAAUGGCAAAGAAGAUUGAUAUUUCCGACUGCUCUACUCACUACUCACUAUCCACAUUCAUCACGUGUCUGGCUGGGAAAGCGGCAUUCUACAUUCCACGACUCCUUCACAAGCUCACCGAGGAAGUUUUCUCACAGAUGCUCCAUAACGAUGGUCGUCUGACAUCCCACAAGACUAAAGAUGUGAAGCGAAAAUCUGCUAACAAGACCACAGAAACCCGAACAUUGAGUGAAGCUGAGCCGGGAGUCUGCCUCUCUCUUCUGAUCAUUGCUGGAUUAUGUUGUCCUGGAGAUGAACCAUUCGGACUUUCCGUUCACUAUCGAGGAAUUGAAAAAAAGAAGAAACGAUUCCGUCAAACUGCUGAUGAGCGGAUAAUGCACAUGUUCCACUGGUUGGAAAUGGAUAAGUCGAUGUUCCGAACUUUGGCGUCGAUUUCUAAACUGCUGGAAGCUCUACAGUCCCGUUGUCGAGAUGCAAAUUUGGUUCUUCCACAAUCCUUUCAAUUGAAGCAUCCAAUUGUGGAUCCAAAUCAUCCUCCACCCCACGAAAAGGCACCAUAUCGCCCUCAAUUCUUGUUCAAUAUUGCUAAAGCUGUGUUCUUCACAAUUUGCGAGCAAGACUGGGUUACUAUUCGGAUGUAUCAAUUUGUUCGAAUCAAUAAGAUGGAGCCGUUCAAUCAGGAGAAGUUGAAAACAAAUUGCUUGGGACAACAGUUGCUCCGAAUCUCAUUGCGCCGCAAAACCGAACGAUCCAAUGUGCACAGCCUUUUUGAAGCUCACAAAAUCUCCAAAAAAGCCACUGUAGACAAGGUUCUAUCGUUCAUGAAUCUCUGGAACUUCCGUGCAACUUUAUUCGACCUCAUGCUCAUGAUCAAGGAGAUUAGUCCAGAUGGAAACACCAGGCACGCACAACAAGGUGCCAUUGCUGCAGACGCAUUGAUGUCGGAAAUUGGAAAAUGCUGUCGUGAUAUGUUCCUGGCUGCUUACAAAGCUGACGCCAAAAUGCCAAAUGUGAAGAAGCUGAUGGACUUCCGAUUCGGAGAUAUUAGCAAGUACUGGCUCUUGGCUCCACUUGUCAGAAUGUGUCCAAAACCAAUCAACAUCCCACCACAGUAUGCUAACACUCAAGUUCAAACUGUUGCUGCCAAGUUCUUGAGAGAGGCUUCUGCUCUGAUGGAUACGCCACCAACAACGACUCCAAAGGAACGUCUUUUGCAAUGCUCCUGGGCCAUGUCCAAGCUUCCAUUCAUCAACAUGAUACUGACAUGUCUGGCUUGUGAGAAGACUCAAAGUGGAAAAGACACUUUUCUCAACUCGGUCUACCAACAACUCCAACGAGAAGUAUUCCGUGACCACAACAAGCGUUCCAACUGGACUAACCGUCCAGAACAUCGGGAUUGCACCGUCCUUCGUGUCAAUUUGAUCGCCUACAUGUACAAGGAGAUUUUGAAGCCAACGCAUGUAGAGGUUUGGGGACUUCUUCUCUACCAGCUCAUGUUCCACGGAAUCAUUAAUCCAUCCAGAGAACGAUAUGUCUUUGAAAAUUGCUACGACAUGCUUCAACAUAUGGUUUUAUGGACGCUGGUCAACGGCGACAACAUGAACAGUCACGAUCGCUAUGGAUCCAUCCGAGUUCGUUGGCCAAACUACGCAGGUUUGAUGAAGAAGAUUCGGAAAGAAAUUCAAGAUCGCCACGUACAUCCAUCUCGCACAUGCCUCCUUCGAUUCUUGCCGAUUGGAAAGCUUCAAACUAGUACAAUCUCUUACAAGAAGUACCAUAAGAGAACUAUCAGACCAUCAGCAACAAAGUCUAAGAAGUUCAUGUCUAAUGAAGGAAUCAGAUCUGGAAAGUACGUUUAUCUUCCGGAAGAAAAGGUCAAAACCAACGCCUACGAUCAUAUGAAGAAUAUUCCUGAUGGUAUUCAGAAGGGAGGAUGGAAGUUCCGAAUGUUCCAGACAACUCGUCUUGACAAGGUUGCAAAAAGUGCUCUACACCAACUUCGAGCCAAGAUUCCUCAUACACAUAUUGGUGAAUUCAAGAGGCCUUGUAACAUUAUGCUGGACAACAUGUCGGAGGACUUUUAUUUGAGACCACCAGAGGUUGAAAUUACAAAGACUGUCGAACCAGUUGCAGACGACGAGGAGACAGCCGCUGUAAAGAAGCCAGAAGAAGAAACUGCCGAGAAGAAGAAGGACGAGGCGAAAAAGGCUGAUGAAAAGACAACCAAAGCAGAUGACGAGAAGAAAAAGGAUGAAACGGCGGAUGCCAAAAAAGAUAAUGAGAAGCAGAAGGAGGAAAAGGACAAGCCCGAAGAUAGCGCCAAGGCAAAAACUGAUGAUGUCACAGCUAAGGACACCGAAAAGGACACUGCGGCACCAACCGAUGCAGCUAAAGCGGCGGCUGCGCCAGUCGCUGCUGCUCCAGACGCCAAUAAAGAAAUGGAUACAUCUACUCCGAAGCCUGCUCCAGUAACCCGCGAAACAUCAACGACACGUGGAAGAGGUGGUGGAAGGAAACGAAACUCUGGUGGACGUGCUGCAGGAGGUUCCCGAGCCAAACGCACCAACUCUCGUGCCAACGCCAACGCUGAAACUGCCGCUGCUGCCGAGACAUCUUCAACAACCAAGGCUGGUCCAUCUGGUGGUGGUUCAAGUAACUAUCAUGCUGCAAUGCGUGCCAAUCAGCCCCCAAUGAGUAAUGGAUCCAGUGAUGAGACCAAAGCCAACAUUCGCAAUUUGUUGAAUCGCAAACAGGAGAAACGGAAUAGUCUCGCCGACGCCAACGCAGCUGCCGCAGUAGCUGCUGCAGCCGCUGCCGCUGCCGCCGCCGCUGGGAAUAUUGCUCCGGCUCUUGCUCCAAUUGUACAACCUGGAAUUCCUUCCGCUGGUGCGUCAUCAACGAUGCCUGGGGUACCACCACAACAACAGCCACAUCCUGGUAUGCAGCACCAAUCUGGCAUGCAGCAUCAAGGAAUGGGUGCUGGAAUGGGUGGAAUGAAUCCAACAAUGCAUGCUCCACCACCAUACAGCUCGUCUUCAAUGAAUCCUUUUGCCAACCAGCCACACUUUGCUGCUCCAAACCAAGUGCCAAUCACCAACAUGGCUCAUCGAUCGACUGCCGCUGUCACUCCUGAAGAGCGUAAACGUAUCAUGGAAGAGCAAAUGCAUCAAAAGCUUGCUCAGCAACAGCUACUCAUUGAAAACCAGAACCGCCAACGCGAGGCUCGUGAGCGUGAAGCUAGAGAGCACCAGGAACGUCUUCACAAGAUUCGUGAGGAGCAGAUGCAAAAAGAGGCUAAGAUUCGUGAGGAGCAGAUGCAACUUGAACGUCAACGUGCUAUCGAGGAAAAUAAUAGGAUAAUGGAGGAACAACGAAUUCUUCGAGAGAAGGAGGAGGCUCGUCGUCGAAUGGAGGAAGAGCAAAGGCGGCGAGAAGAAGAAGCUCGUUUGGCUUACCAUGUUGAGCAGGAACGAAUUCGUAAGGAGCAGGAACGCCAAGCUAUACUCGAAGCCGAACGUUUGAAACGGGAAGAGGAGCGUGAACGCGAACGUCAACGUCUGGAACAAGAACGACUCCAGCGUGAGAUGGAGGAGAAAGCUCGUCGGGAAAAGGAGGAACAGGCUCGCAUAGAACGAGAACGGCUUGAGCGUGAGCGUGUAGCUCGUGAAGCCCUCGCUGCUCAACAAGCUCAACAAGCUCAACAAGCUCAACAAGCUCAACAAGCUCAACAACAACGUCAUCGUGCGAUGCUGGAGCAGCAGCAAAGGCAGCAAAUGAUAAACCAGCAGCAACAGCAGCAAGCUCCAUAUGGCCAACAACCACCACAAGGACAGCCACCGAGCUAUCAGCAGAGCUCCUAUCAAAACCCAUCUGGUUAUCAACAAGGACAACAAUCCGGUCAGAACCAACCACCCAACUACCAACAGACGAGCCAUACGAAUCCAGCUAUCCAGCAAACCCAACAACCACCAGCGUACCAGCAAGAUAAUGCUCAGAUGCACAUGCAGAAUCGACAACAGCAGCCUGGCCAACAGUAUGGAAACCAACCUCAACAGCAACAGUCGCAACAAGCUCAACAGGGUCAAUAUCCUCAGCAAUAUCCUCAGCAGUUGAGUCAGAACCAGCAGAUGAAUCAGCAAAAUCAGCAGAGGAAUCCAUUCGGUGCUCAACCUGAGAUGCAAAUCGGUGGACCCAAGGUGCUCAUGCAAGCCAAGCCAGACGAGGCCCACGCUCAGCAGUAUCAGCAUACUCAAGCUCAGUUGGCAUUGUCUCAGAUGGAGAAAGAGAAGCAGUACUUAAAAGCGAAGAACCUUCAAGCUGGUCAAGCCGCCGGUCAACAACAACCACGUUUUGGUGAGAACCCUCAACAAAAUGCACCUGGUUUCAAUGGGAACCUACCAUAUCCCCAACAACAGCAGCAGCAGCCCCAGCAACCCGGAACAUCUCAAAUUCCAAACACGACGCCAACAAGACCAGCUAAUCCCAUGCAAGGCCAACAGCAGCAGGCUGGUAUGCAAAACUAUCAAAACCAGCCAGUACUUGGACAACCUGGACCAAUGCAACCUGGCGGACAAGCUGGGCAACAGCAACAGAAUCAGUUCCAACGCCAGGGAAUGCACACAACUCCUACCAAGAAUGAUAUGGCAAUGCGGCAAGGGCAAAUGGGAGGCCAAAUGGGUCAACAACAAGGACAAAUGGGACAACAGAUGCAAAAUCGACCUGCUCAAGGAUUGAACCAACAGAGCCAAGGCUUCCAACAGCAAGGUGGUCAGCAAUCUGCUCAAGCAUCCUUUAACCAGCCACAGAACCAAUUUUCUGGUGGUCAACAACAACAACAAAUGGGUCAGAACCAAGGUCAAAACCUUCAACAAGGACAGAAUCAGUUUGGACGUCAAGCUGCGCCAAAUCAAGAGAACUUCCAACAACAACCAGGAUUCAAUCAGAACGCUGCAGGACAAAACUAUCAGCGUCCUGAGCAACAGCAGCAGAGCCAGAAUCAGUGGAAUCAACUGAACCAACAGAUGCGUCCUCAACAACCUCAGCAGCCUUCUCAACAGCAGCAGAACCUUCCAUUCGGACGUACUGAGCAAAGUCAACAGUUCCAGCAGCAGCAGCAGCAGCCACAACAUCAGCAGCAAAAUAAGCCAGCCAUGGGACAACAGGGAUUCAAUUACCAAGGACAGCAGCAGGGACAAGGAUUUGAUCAAUCCUCUCAGCAAACUCAACAGCAUCCGAAUCCCCACCAGCAACAAGGUCAUAUGCAGCAGACUCAUCAGCAAAAUGCUUCACAGCAGCAGCAGCAGUACAACCAAGCUCAGCAGCAAUCUCAACAGCAGGGCAACCAGUUCCCUGGAUUCUCUGGUAGUUCCAAUCAAGCCCGAGCAUCUAACAUUUUGAAUCAAUCAAUGGAAGAUGCUGGUUUGAAUCAAGGAUUCUCAUCUGGCAAUACUUCGAAUCAACAAGCUAGCUCCACAAACCAACAAGGCAACUACGGUAUGCAGCAGGGCCAACAAAACCCAAUGCAUGGCCAGAUGCACCAUCAGCAAGGCCAGCAAAACCAGAACCAGCAACAAAGGCCAGGAAUGGGUCAGCAAGGUAUGGGCCAGCAAGGUAUGGGCCAGCAAGGAGGCAUGGGACAGUCUGGAAGGGGACAACCUGGAAUGGGUGGCCAAUCCGCUAUGGGUCAGCACCAACACGGCAUGGGACGGCCGACAAUGGGACAGCCAGGAAUGCAGCAGUCUGGAAUGCAACAGCAACACGGAAUGCAGCAACAACAACCUGGAGCUCAACAAUCCGGACUACAACAGGCUGGUAUGCAACAGCAGCAUGGUGGUAUAGGAAUGGGUGGCAUGCAACAACAAGGUCGGAAUAACUAUGGCUCCAUGGGUCAGCAGGGUCAGCAAUCCGGGCAACAACAAGCUCAACAACAUCAGCAGAUGUCUCAGCAAGCCCAGCCACGACAAAUGCCUGGAGGAGGAGUCCAACUUCCACCGUAUUCCAUGGGACAGCAACAGCAAACCCAACAGCAGCAGCCCAACCAACAGCAAAUGGACCAUCUCCGCCGACAGCAGCAGAUGCAGCAAAUGGCUCGGCAACAAGCUAUGCAACAACAACAGCAAGGUGGAGUUCAGCAAGGUCAACCACAGAUGCAGGGUUACGGUAACCAGGGCCAACAGCAGCAACAGCAGUUCCCACAAAUGCAACAACAUCGUGGACAAGGGCAACAGGGUCAUGGAAUGGGAGGAGCUGGCCAGCAACACCAACAAGUUCCGCAACAACAGCAAAACCAAUACUUUCAACCUCAACAGCAGCAGGAUCAGAGAAUGCAACAACAGCCUGGUGGUCAGCAGCAGCAGCAGCAGGGUCAAUCUGGCCAACAACAAAAUAACCAACACUACAACAACAUGGGACAGUUCCCGAAUCAGCAACAGUACUAA